AUGCAUUUCCAUCUUUCCUUCAUCAUCGCAGCCCUCCCUCUUAUCUCCGGUGCCCCUACCAACACUCACAAGCGUCAACUCGACACUCUUCUCGGCUUGGGUACAUCCAGCAGCCCCCUCGCAUCCGCAUCCGGCUUAUCGGGUCUCGGUUCUCUUCUUGGAGGUAGUACCGGAACGGACACAACUUCAGGACUUGGCUCCUUGGAGAGUGGAAUCUCAUCAUUGGGUUCUUUGGGUAGUGGAACAAGUACAUCAUCGGGACUUGCUUCCUUGGAAAGUGAGAUCUCAUCACUGAUAGGUGGAACAGGUACGCUUACUGGUGCCAGCGCUUCUUCAAGCGCGGAUGGAUUGAGCUCUUUGCUCAGCGGAUUGGCACGAAAGGAGAAGAAAGUUUAG